GUUAGACUGGUCGCUUAUUACGGCGUUGGUUGAGCGAUGGAGACCAGAGACACACACUUUUCAUUUGCCUUUUGGUGAGGUGGGCAUCACCUUACAGGACGUAGAAGUGUUGUUGGGGUUGCCCAUCGACGGAGAACCACUGUCAGGACCUAGGACAAACUCGAAAGCACUUUGGAUGCAAAUGUGCACGGACUUCGCCGGUUUCACGCCAAACAACAACGACUUAAACACAUCUGUAAUAAGAAUGAAUGCCCUACAGCGUUGGCCGGUACAUCAGCACAGCACAAAUGAGGAACUCAUCACAUACACGAGGGUGCUCAUUUGGCAACUACUAGGUGGGUUAUUGUUCCCCUCCACUACCGGGAACAAAAUAAAAUUGUACUUUUUAGAGUUGUUGCAGGGACCGCUCGGUGAAGCACGACGGUGGAGUUGGGGCUCAGCAGUAUUGGGGUUCCUGUAUUACAACAUGUGCAAGGCCACCAAAGCGAACAUGAGAAAUAUUGGGGGAUGCUUGCUUCUAUUGCAGAUUUGGGCGUGGGAGAGAUUGCCCAUGGGGCGGCCGCGAAACGUUUUGCCAUAUGAGAAUCUACAGGAUAUGCCCUAUGGGUGCAGGUGGGCAUGUCGGCACAAUUGGGAACAAAGUUCUCGGUAUACUCUACGUAUUUAUCGAGAUCAGUUGGACGGGAUCCGAGAGAACGAGUUCGUGUGACGCCCAUACGCAUUACAAGCCCUCCCCAGGUUCUGCGUCGCGGGAGUAGAUUUGUGGACAUCUAAUGUCAUGCUUAUAUAUUGUGACAUUUCUGAGAUGUACUACCCCGGUAGAUUUUGUCGUCAAUUCGGUGCAAUGCAACAUAUUCCUCCCGCAGCGGAAUCACAAGCUAGCCACCAUGCAAGUGGUGCAAAAAAUUCUGGAUGGCCAUUCACACUAUGGGCGGCGAGGCACAAUCGUCGUAUCGCAUUUGAGUUCGUUGAUCAUCUCACCUACACUCCUGCGUACCGUGAAUGGUACGCAAAUGUCGGGAAACGACGGAUUUGCAAUCCGUUACAUGGUCGACCUACAACGGGUUAUGUAACUACUAACAGGGAGACAAGUACACUAGUAAGUAUUUUAUGUGUAAUUAUUCAACUUAGAAAUGUUUAUUAUUAUUUAAUAACUUUACUUUUGAAUUUUAGAUGCAAUGUAUGGGCGAUAUCUAUCGGCGCAUGGCAGCUCCAUUUGACGUCGAAGACAUUCGCGAGCAAAUUGCACGAUGCCUUACAGGAUUAGGUGCCGAGAAUGUGCUUCAUCAAGACAUCAUUUUCUAUGGGGAUGCCCAUGAUGAUGCAGUGGAUGAUCAUCCUCCACUUCAGCAAGACCGUAGAAGAGUCGCGGCCACUAGAGGUCGGCGUUACGGACGCGGUUAUGUUGCUCCACACGUCGACAAUGAUGAUGGUGAUGAUGAUAAUCACGAUGAUGAUAAUGAUGAUGAUGAGGAGGAGGAAGAGGAUGACGAAGAUGGUGGUGAAGAAGAAGGACAACCAUCUUCACAUAUUCAUUCACACAUCCCUUCCUCAUCUCAUGUACCUAAUCAAUACUAUACACCGACUAGUGCAUACAUUCCGACGUUUGAUGCGCC